AUGAAAUUCCGCUCCCUCAAAUCUCCUUUUGCUAUCAAGCAGGAUGCAUCAGGGAAUACACUUCCCAUCCACAUUGACGAAAAAGACGGCUGCAUAGCAGAAAAUCUCUCCCUGGCAACCUGGGGAGCUUCCUACGUUCUCGCCAACCACCUCCAAAAAUGGAAAGACACCGCCACUGUCACAACAGCCCAAAAGAAUGAAUCCAGAAGUGUCCCGGUUCUAGAACUAGGCGCCGGAACCGGCCUGGUAGGACUCUCCGCCGCAGCCAUCUGGAAUCUCCCCACGAUCCUCACAGACUUACCACCCAUCGUUCCCGGUCUAGCACACAAUAUCAACCUGAACAGAUCCCUCCUCGCCGAGAAAUCAACAACAGCACAAUGCGGAGCCCUAGACUGGACUCAACCAGAGAAAUUGAUGCUGGUGAAUCCAGUUCAGGCGGCUUCAGGUCCCUCAUACAUCGAAUCCUCACGGAAAGCGCACAUCAUCCUAGCCGCGGAUGUAGUUUACGAUGAAGAUCACCCGGAACUUUUACUAAAGACGAUUUUGGCAUGGUUGGCUCCGGGAAAGGAUUCCAGGGUUAUCAUUUGUUAUCCGGUGAGGAUGGCUUACAUUGAUCACAUCCGUGAUCUUUGGGAACGGUUUGAGGGUGCGGGAUUGGAGUGUGUGGAGGAGGGACAGGAAAGUAGUGAUGAUGAUUGGGGAGAGGCGGAGCCGGCGCCUUAUGAGUGGUGUAUGUGGCGGUGGAAGAACCAGGAGGGUAGCCAGGUAUAG